AUGGUGGCUCGGAGUCCUUUGUUCGAAGAACUGGCAGCAAUCGCUCGGCAGCGCAUUAUGCUCAUCGACGGUGCUAUGGGUACAAUGAUUCAACGUGAGCACAUGGAAGAGCAUGAUUUCCGCGGAGAGAUCCUCAAAGAUCAUGGAAAGCCGCUAAAGGGAAAUAACGACCUGCUUUCAAUCACGCGCCCCGAUAUUAUCUAUAAGAUUCACAAACUCUAUUUGGAAGCUGGUGCGGAUUUUAUUGAAACAAAUACUUUUUCGGGAACAACUAUUGCGCAAGCGGAUUACGCAUGUGAACAUUUAGUUCAUGAUAUCAACUAUCAAUCGGCUCAAGUUGCUCGAAGAGCUUGCGAUGAUGUUACGAAAGAAACCGGUAGACGUCGCUAUGUCUGCGGAGCUAUCGGCCCUACCAACAGAACACUUUCGAUUUCGCCUUCCGUUGAGAAACCCGACUUCCGCAACAUUACUUUCCAAGAACUAGUAAAAGCUUAUAAAGAUCAAGCGCGAUCACUUUUGGAAGGGGGAGCUGACGUUCUUCUUGUGGAGACUGUUUUCGAUUCGGCUAAUGCCAAAGCGGCUCUUUUCGCGAUUCGAACUCUUUUCGAAGAUGAAGAAAUGAUGGAAGUCCCUGUGUUCCUCUCUGGAACGAUUGUCGAUAUGUCAGGAAGAACGCUUUCCGGACAAACGGGCGAAGCGUUCCUGGUCUCGACACGACAAGGAAAGCCAAUGGCUGUUGGUUUGAAUUGUGCUCUUGGAGCAAAAGACAUGCGUCAGUUCAUUGAAAAUAUGUCGAAUUGGACUGACACUUUGGUAAUUUGUUAUCCGAAUGCUGGUUUGCCGAAUGCUCUUGGAGGUUAUGACGAAACUCCUGAAGAUAUGGCUAUGGUUUUGCGAGAAUUUGCACAAGAUGGUCUUGUGAACAUUAUUGGAGGAUGUUGUGGAACAACUCCAGACCAUAUUAAGGCAAUUUAUGAUGUUGUGCAGGAUAUAUCACCAAGACUUCCACAUCCUGAUCCACACGAAGGGAAAAUGCUCCUUUCUGGAUUAGAGCCAAGUAUUGUUGGUCCAGAAACUAAUUUUGUCAAUAUUGGAGAAAGAUGUAACGUUGCUGGCUCCCGUCGUUUUUGCAAUUUGAUCAAAAACGAAAAUUACGAUGAAGCUAUCAAUGUUGCUCGAGUUCAAGUUGAAAAUGGUGCCCAAAUUCUUGAUGUAAAUGUCGAUGACGGUCUCCUUGAUGGUCCGUAUGCCAUGUCGAAGUUCCUGAGGUUGAUCUCAUCUGAGCCCGAUGUUGCAAAGAUUCCGGUCUGCAUUGAUUCAUCCGACUUUGAUGUUAUCCUUGCCGGCCUCGAAUCGACCCAAGGAAAGUGUGUGGUUAAUUCGAUUUCAUUGAAAGAAGGAGAAGAAAAGUUCAGAGAAAAAGCAAAAAUUAUUAAACGAUAUGGUGCUGCAGUUGUCGUCAUGGCUUUCGAUGAAGAAGGCCAAGCCGCUGAAACUGAGCGAAAGUUUGAAAUUUGCGAAAGAAGUUACCGAAUUUUGACUGAAGAAAUCGGAUUCAAUCCGAAUGACAUUAUCUUUGAUCCAAAUAUUUUGACAAUUGCCACUGGAAUGGAAGAACAUGCCAAUUAUGGAAUGUAUUUCAUUGAAGCAACUAGAAUGAUUCGGGAAAAUCUACCAGGAGCUCACGUCUCUGGAGGAGUUUCAAAUAUUUCGUUCUCAUUCCGUGGCAUGGAAGCAAUUCGUGAAGCAAUGCAUUCUGUGUUCCUCUUCUAUGCGAUCAAAGCUGGAAUGGAUAUGGGAAUUGUGAAUGCUGGAGCACUUCCUGUGUAUGAGGAUAUCGACAAGAAUUUGCUUAAACUUUUGGAAGAUUUGCUGUUCAAUCGAGAUCCGGAUGCGACUGAGAAACUGUUGGUAGCAGCACAAGAAAUGAAGAAAGACGGUAAAAAGAGUGACACGAAGACUGAUGAAUGGAGGAGUACAUCAGUCGAAGAACGACUCAAAUAUGCCCUUGUUAAGGGAGUUGACACAUAUGUUGUUGAAGAUACUGAAGAAGCUAGAUUGAAUACGGAGAAGUAUCCGCGACCAUUGAAUGUUAUCGAAAGACCGUUGAUGGACGGAAUGGCUGUUGUCGGAGAGCUAUUCGGAUCCGGAAAAAUGUUCCUUCCGCAAGUUAUCAAAUCUGCGAGAGUUAUGAAAAAAGCUGUCGCACAUUUGUUGCCAUUUAUGGACAAAGAAAGAGAGGAGAAUAUUGCCAAAUUGCGUCUUCAAGGAGAUGAAAGUCCAUAUCAAGGAACAUUUGUGAUUGCCACUGUUAAAGGAGAUGUGCACGACAUCGGCAAGAACAUUGUCGCGGUUGUGAUGGGCUGCAACAACUUCAAGGUCAUUGACUUGGGUGUGAUGACACCAUGCGAGACGAUUAUCAAAGCAGCGAUUGAGGAGAAGGCAGAUUUCGUUGGUCUGUCUGGUUUGAUUACUCCAAGUUUGGAUGAAAUGGUGCACGUCGCGAAGGAAAUGAACAGACACGGAUUAAACAUUCCGCUUUUGAUUGGUGGAGCGACGACUUCAAAGACGCAUACGGCGGUCAAAAUCGCUCCUAGAUAUCCGCAUCCUGUCAUUCAUUGCCUUGAUGCUUCAAAAUCAGUCGUCGUUUGUUCGUCGCUUUGCGAUGAAACUGUUCGAGAAGCCUUCUUGCAAGAUAUUGCCGAGGAAUAUGAAGAAGUUCGGCAAGAGCACUACGAAUCUCUCAAAGAUCGCCGAUUUACUGAUAUCAAAAAGAGCAGAGAGAAGAAAUUCAAAAUCGAUUGGCUGAAAAAUCCACCAGUUAAACCGUCAUUCAUUGGCCGAAACGAAUUCAACGAUGUCGAUCUGAAUGAAAUGAUACCUUAUAUCGAUUGGAAACCAUUUUUUGAUGUUUGGCAAUUACGCGGAAAAUACCCGAAUCGUAGUUACCCGAAAAUUUUCCUUGACGCCGAUGUUGGAGCUGAAGCGAAAAAAGUAUUCGAUGACGCUCAUGUUUGGCUCAAAAAAUUGAUUGACGAGAAAAUUCUGAAAGCGAACGCAGUUGUUUCAUUCUUGGAUGCUGGUUCAGAAGGAGACGAUAUUCAUGUGUUUGACGAGUCUGGUGUCAAGAUUGGUACAUUCUAUGGAUUGAGACAACAGUCGGGAAGAGAACAUGACCAGCCCCAUUUCUGAAGGCCAACCGAUUAUUUGGGAUUGUUUGCGUGUACCGCCGGAUUGGGUGCUGAAGAAUAUUGCAAGGAGGUUGAAAAAGAUCAUGACGAUUAUGCAUCAAUUAUGGUCAAGGCACUUGCUGAUCGCCUCGCUGAGGCUUAUGCCGAAUAUUUGCACAGAGAAGUUCGAACGAAACUUUGGGGAUAUUCAAAGGAUGAGCAAUUGACCGAAUCGGAUUUGCUUUCGAUUAAAUAUGAUGGAAUUCGACCAGCUUGUGGUUAUCCAUCUCAGCCAGACCACACUGAGAAGCGAAUGUUGUGGAAAAUUCUCGACGCUGCUAGUACUGGAAUUCAGCUCACUGAGCAUCUUGCGAUGCUUCCUGCUGCUUCCGUUUCUGGAUUGUAUUUUGCUAAUCCACAAAGUCAAUACUUCGCCGUUGGAAAAAUCGACCAAGAUCAAGUGAUUGACUACGCCGCACGCAAAGGUGUUUCUAAGGAAGAAGUUGAGCGAUGGCUGUCGCCAAUUCUUGGAUAUGAUCCAGAGUAA